GUGCAGAGUCUGGAGCGGCAGAACCAGGCCCUGCUGGCCAAGUGGCAGCUCCUGCAGCAGCAGAGCUCGGGCCCCGAGGAGAGCAGGAACAUCUCCUCCUUCUUCCAGUCCUACAUCUCCAGCCUGCAGAGGCAGCUCCAGACGCUCCAGAGCCAGAAGGAGCAGCUGGACCCCGAGGCCUACAACCUGCUGCAGCUGGUGGAGGAGUACAAAAACAGGUUCGAGGACGAGAUCAACAACCGCACGUCCCGGGAGGAGGAAUUUGUGGAGCUGAAAAAGGAAUUGGACAGUGCCUACCUGGGGAAGAUGGAGCUGGAUGUGAGGGUGGAAAUCCUGAAGCAGGAGCUGGAAUUCCUGCGCUGUUUGCACGAAGCUGAGCUGUCCCAGCUGCAGAGCCUGGCCGGGGACACGGACGUCGUGCUGUCCCUGGACACGAGGCGGGAGCUGGACCUGGACGGGAUCCUGGCCGAGGUGCGCCAGGAGUACGAGGGCAUCGCCCGCCGGAGCUCGGCCGACGCGGACUCCGUGUACCGGGGCAGGUUCCAGGACCUGCAGAACACGUGGGAGAGCCAACGGGAGCAGCUGAGGAACAGCCACCGGGAAAUCCAGGAACUCGCCCGGCACAUCCAGAGGCUCCAGCCGGAGAUCGAGGUCGCCAGGAAAAGGAAUUCCAGCCUGCAGGACUCCAUCCGGGACGCGGAGCUCCGGGGGGGUUCAGCGGUCCAGGAGGGUCGGGAGCAGCUCCGGGAGCUGGAGGAGGCCCUGCAGGAGGCCCGGGCGGAGCUGGCGCGGCUCGUCCGGGACCACCAGGAGCUGCUGGAGGCCAAGGUGGCCCUGGACGUGGAGAUCGCCGUGUACAGGGCUCUGCUCGAGGAGGAGGAGCACAGGAACCCCCGGGAAUGGGAACAUGGCAAUGGGAACCUGGGAUCGGAGCCCGGGAUCUCCGGGAUGGACGUGGAGAUCGCCGUGUACAGGGCUCUGCUCGAGGAGGAGGAGCACAGGAUCCAGGAGGGCUCCCCGGCCACGGUGUCAUCGACCACCAGGCGGGAAUGA